GCUUCCCUUCUGCUUAGAUAAGAAGAAAACUUAUCCAUUUCAAACACAGCCCUCUCUAACCAGAUACCAGAACCCAGAAGCCAUGUCCAUUGCUGCCCUCUCUUCGUUAGGGCAUACUCCCCCUCUAUCCUCACUAAAAUGCACUACUUUUUUCUCUACCAAGAACAACCCCCUUCUCUGCAACACCGCCAAAACUCCUCUUCUUUUUUCCAAAACCAGUAAAAGAUGUAAAACCCACAUAGUGGCAAUGAGCAUGGAGGCCGGAAUUGGUGUGAUGGGUACCAAACUGGGUAUGAUGAGUUACUUCGAGGCUGAUGGUACUGUGGUGCCUGUAACGGUCGUGGGAUUUCGAGAAGGAAAUAUUGUGACCCAGGUCAAGACUGUUGCUACUGAUGGGUAUGAUGCUGUUCAGGUUGGGUACAGGAGGGUUAGGGAUAAGAAAUUGACUAAGCCUGAAAUGGGUCAUUUGGAGAAGGCUGGGGUUAUUCCUUUGCGUCACUUGCAAGAGUUCAGGUUGCAGAGCGUUGAAGGGUUUGAACCUAACCAGAGGUUGCUGUUUGAGGAGAUUUUCAAGGAGGGGGAUCUUGUUGAUGUGUCUGGGACUACAAUUGGCAAGGGAUUUCAAGGUGGAAUUAAGCGGCAUAAUUUCAAGAGGGGAGCAAUGACCCAUGGUUCCAAGAGUCACAGAGCUUUGGGUUCCAUUGGUGCUGGAACAACACCAGGGCGUGUAUACAAGGGGAAGAAAAUGCCGGGUAGGAUGGGAGGAACAAAAAGAAAGACACGAAAACUCAAGAUUGUGAAAAUUGACAAUGAUCUUCGUGUUGUAAUGAUAAAGGGUGCUGUCCCUGGUAAGCCGGGAAAUCUGCUGCGCAUAGCCCCUGCAAAGAUUGUUGGGAAGAAUAUUCCAAAGAGCUAGCUCCACUGUGUUUUGAUUUGUUUUGUUUUUGUGCCGCUCUUCAUUGUCAAGAACAACAAUCUAUUUGCAACCUUCUGCUUCUAUAAGCAACCUAGGGUUCCACCCAAAAAAAAAAAAAAGAAAAAGCAACCUGGAUAUGUGAUCUAACACAUUUAUGUAUCUAGUUUGUAGAAUGGUUUCUUAGAUAUGGAGUCUGUACUGGUCCAUCGUUAA